AGAGUCGUCUCUCAGCUUAGACAAACGCACUCCAAGCCAUCAAAGAUGUUCCGCUACCUGCUCGUCGCCUCCGCCGUCCUGGCCUGCGCCUUCGGUGCCGCCACCUACAACCAGGAAGCUGGUGCCUACAUCACCAAGCUCGGCUCCGACAUCCAGCCCGAGGGCAACUACAACUACCAGUACGAGACCAGCAACGGAAUCGCCGCCCAGGAGUCCGGAAUUGGGGGAAACCACGCCACCGGAGGCUUCUCCUGGUACUCUCCCGAGGGUGAGCUCGUCCAGAUCUCGUACGUUGCCGACGAGAACGGCUACCAGCCCCAGGGAGCUCUCUUGCCCACUCCUCCCCCAAUCCCAGCUGCCAUCCUUAAGAGCUUGGAGUACAUCCGCACCCAUCCCCAGUACGUCGAGCAGGAAUACCGCAGGCCCGCCCUGAAGAAGCUCUUCGGUUAAGCGGGAGUGGAAGUCUUAUGUGAUAACAUUUUAAAAGAGCUUUAUUACGAUUUAAAAAAUGUUUUAAAAUAAAGAAGAAACAAAUUACAUACA